UCAGCACUGCGGUGUGGCCCAUUUGGUGCCCUGUGUUGUGUGACGCGUGUGUGGGCAUGUUUCUGCUGCAGCAGCUGGGAUCAAGGCCACGACAGCGUGGACCCCGGCAGAACAAAACAAGCGCCCGCAUUUGAAGUGAGCGGAGGUGCGGCCAUGCGCUGCUCCACACUGCUGGCCAUCCUCACGGGGGUGCUUUUGUACCUGGUGCUGGGCGCCGUGGUGUUCCGGGCCUUGGAGGCGCAGCGAGAAGAAGGCAAGCACAUGCAGCUGCAGGGAACAUGUCGAGACUUCCUGACCAACUUCACUUGUGUCGGUCCGGAGAACCUGCAAGCGCUCAUCGAGGAGGUGGCAGAGGCCAUUGGUGCAGGUGUGGACCCUAACAGCAACGCCACAUAUGUCAGUCAGUGGAAUCUAGCCAGUGCCUUUUUUUUCUCCGGAACUAUCAUCACAACCAUCGGUUUCGGAAACAUCUCCCCCAAGACAGAAGGCGGCCAGUUGUUCUGUAUUUUCUACGCCUUGGUUGGAAUUCCAUUGUUUGGCAUCCUGCUUGCUGGAGUUGGAGAUCAUCUAGGGACCGGGUUGAGGAAAACGGUUGCCAAAAUAGAGACUCUCUUCCUGAAAUGGCGUGUUAGUCCCACCAUUGUGCGUGUGAUCUCUGCCGUCUUGUCCAUCCUGCUUGGGUGCCUGCUGUUUGUUGCAGCGCCGAUCCUGAUUUUCCAAAAGGUUGAAGGCUGGACCAUGCUGGAGUCUGCGUACUUUGUAGUUAUCACCCUGACAACAGUGGGGUUUGGUGACUAUGUUGCAGGGGAUUCGGGACUGGAGGGCAGUGACCAUUGGUACAAACCUCUGGUAUGGUUUUGGAUCUUGCUCGGUCUUGCCUACUUUGCAUCCGUCCUGUCAAUGAUUGGGAAUUGGCUUCGAGUUCUAUCCAAGAAGACAAGAGCUGAGAUGGAGGAGCUACGAGCUCAUGCCACCGACUGGGGUCAGAACAUCCAGAAUAUCGAUUUUCGCAUCGCAGGAAAAAUUGAUGAUCCCUUUAGACGGCGUCGGCGAAGGCGGCGCCAUGGUGCUCGUAGCCACGGCCAUGGUGGCUCCGCUCCUGGAGCUCCUGACGGGGAAGGAGACCAAAAUGAAAGUGAAACCUAUUCGGAAUCGUACACUUCUUACACGUCCGAGUCCGAGUCUGGAUCAGAGUCAGAAGAACCCACGCAAACAGAGCAGGUCCCUGAAGUGAAGAAGGAUCCCCACUUUUCUCAACCUCUGGACUAUUUUGGGGAGAACCUGGCAUUCAUUGAUGAGUCAUCAGAUGGUCAGAGUGGUAAAAUACACACAGAUCCUCAAAUUAGUCCAAAACACACCCGUUCACUCAAGAGGAAACACAAUAGGAAGCCAGUCCUGCAAAGAAGCCCCAAAAGUAACAGAAUCAAACGGUCCAGUCUCAGCAAACAGGAGCACAACGGAACAGCAAAACCGGUUCAGAAUGUACUGGCGCUGCCAAAGCCUCAGGUCUGAUGCAGCGUUAGCACAGGAAAUGAAUCAGCAAAAAAAAAAUAGACAGGAAUGAUUAAUAUAGCAAGCUAUUUGUGAAAAAUGUAUAUUUACAGGCACAUGGAAUGGAAAUGUGGCACAAGUGUGGGCCUUAUGAGGUUUGCAGAUAAUGUUCUUGUUUUAGCACGUAUGCCUUAAUCUUGUGACUGAUGACUGUUAUGUCUCAGUUGCACCUGCGUUUGUCUGAGGCAUUGCUGCUCUCUGCUGGGCUAAGAGAGAAUAUUCACAUUUGAUCAUUUUUAUUUAUUAGAUUAGAUUAGAUAUUUAUGCACUGUAUUCAAUUAUCAUGAAGUCCUCCAAGAUCAUGCAGAAACAAUUUUUUCAAAAAUCAAGAAGGACAAACCAAAAAGUCAUACCACAGCUAAUUUGGUGGUGCUGACCUGAGAGAAUUGCCUGCAAACAAAUCUUUGUUGUACUUUUAUGGGGUGUUUAACAAAAUUUUUUAUGAAAAUAUUUGCAUUUUGAUUGCCUUAUGAAGUAAUAUCAACAGACCUCAUACAUAAUAAAGACAGGAAAUGAAA